AUGCCGCCAUGCGCUCUCCUACUUCUGAUACUACUCAACGAUUACACACGGGAAGAGCUGCAAGAGGAACGCUAUGACGAGCUAGACGAGCAGAAACAGGAGAUUGAAAAGGAAAAGAAACGUUUCGCCAAGAAGGCUGGAGACCUAGAGAUUGCGCUGUAUAACAAGCGAGAGCAGCUUUGGGGCGAGAUAUCGGACUUAGAGGACGCGCUUUGCACCAAGAAAGAAGAACUCCAGGAAGCCCUUGACAGUAGAGCGAACCACAGACAAGCAGAGCGUCUACUAAGAGAAGAGCUCGGAUCUUUGCGUCGGCGUCUUCGAGACCAGGACGCGAGUCUCUCUCAAGCUACGACAGCAUCGAUUGAGAAGGUAAGAGAAGCUAAUGAUAGAGAAACACUGCUGCAAGCGACCGUAAAGCAACUAGAGAAGCGUCUACAAGAUCAGAAUAAACUGGUUCGUGACCAGCAAGCGAGUAUUGUCAAAGUUACGGCGGACUCUAAUGAUAGAGUGAGAGAUGCGCGCGAGAAGGAAACAUUUCUUAGAGAAAGACUGGUACAACUUGAUCAACGUCUGAAUAGCCAAAGGAGAGCGUUCGAGGAAGAGCGUGCACAGUGGCAGCAACAAGCGCUUACUCGACAGACUGGCGCGCAGACUGAACUCGUCUCGUCACUUGAAAGCGCAAUGCCACAGCUACGGAGUCUACUAAGUGCGUAUGAUCGAGUACAUGGCAAUGAAGAAUGUCCACCACGCAGUACUGGAAAAAGCCCAUUGAAAACGACACACAAGAUGAUCAAGCAAUCCAAUCCGGACUUGACGCAGCGUCUGAAAGAGCAGGAGGUUGCUUUUGAUCAGAAGCGAGCGCAGUUAUUGGAGCAAGCUAGUGAUGCAGCAGAAACCCAGCGUGAUAUUACUCGAAGGAACCUGUUGGAACGCGAAAAGGUGUUGAUAUGUCCAAUCACACUGGAGCUGUUUGACUUCCCCGUGGUAACUGGAUGCUGUGGCAAGACUUUCUCGUCUGAAGGAUUACGACAAGCGAUCAGGCAGAACCCUGUCCUCCUUGAGCUUCAGCACAAUGCGCGUACCACGAGCAAUGGGCUCCGACGUGUCGGGCGUGACG